UCUCUCCUAAAUACGCCCCAAAAUUGAAAUUCUUCCUUUACCCUUGACCGUGUUUUUUUUUGCAUCAAUUUAUUUUUAUUUUUCUUUUCUUUUUUAAACUGGGGUGUUUGGAUUGAAUUACAGAAAGGAAGGAUUUGACGGGAAUGAAGCUGAUAGUUGGGUUGUAGAAGCCCUUGACAUGCCCAAGGAAAGUGCACAUAAAGUGUUUGUAGAAAUGCACAAGAGAGAACACGAGGUGAGUAUGAGCUCUACAGAAGUCAGCACGAGCUUUCACAGAAUACAACUGUCCUUCAAGAGGGGAAGAAACAAGAUGUCAUAUGCAAAUAUCCAGAUGUUCAUGGAAAAGUUGAAGCAGCUGAUGUACUGCAAUGAUAUUCCAGUGAUCAACAACCCAUCAAUCAUAUGUGAAAGGCCUCAAUUCCAAAUUCUUUAUGAAGAGCUUGACUCCACGAUCCAAACCAUUUUCAACCACGAAGACCAAGAUCUACACAACUUUGAAGAAGUGAGAAAAGUGAAGAAAAGAUUCAAAGCUGCAGCUGAAGAGGCAGAAGAUAUCGUCGAUGUCUUUCUAUCCACUGUCCACUGUAGAAGUAACAGAUUUUUCCCUAGAUCUGAUGUCUUUCAGCCCUCUCUCCACCUUGAGGUUGCUAUGAGUUCAAUCGAGUCUAUCAAGAAAGAGUUCAUGACUUUGAGCAUCGAUAACAUGAAGAUGGACUCUUCUCUGAGAACUGACAGACUGCAAACGCAAUCUUCUGGAACUUCCCACACUAGAAAUUCAAGGGGUUCGAAGAAAUUAUUGGAAAAUGUCGUUGUGGGGUUUGAUCGUGAUGCUGAGAUAAUAAGGGACAAACUAGUUGAAGAUGGAAAGCAUCGGGAUGUGGUCUCUAUUGUUGGUAUGGGUGGAAUAGGUAAGACUACCCUUGCUAACAAAGUCUUCACUGAUCCUUAUGUUGUUUAUCAUUUUCACGUCCGUGGAUGGGUCACUGUUUCACAAACAUAUGACAAGAGGGAUCUGUUGAUUCAAGUUCUGUCAUCCAUAGAUGAUCAAUUAGAGCUUGAGAAAGCAACGGACUGUCAACUCCGUGCAAUGUUGCACAAACACCUAAUGGGUAAGAGAUAUUUGAUUGUUAUUGAUGAUAUCUGGAGUAUAGAGGCAUGGGACAAAUCGCAGUUGUUUUUCCCUGAUGAUAACACUGGAAGUCGAAUUCUUCUUACGAGUCGCCUCACUGAAGUUGCUUCACACGCAAAAUCACACGGACUCAUUCAUCAAUUACAACAUUUGACCGAAGAAGAAAGUUGGAAGUUGUUGUGUGAGAAGGCGUUCCAAGAAGAUGAAUGUCCUGAAUGGUUGAUUGAACCUGGAAAGCAAAUUGCAAAAAACUGUCAUGGAUUGCCGCUUUCUGUGGUUGUGAUGGCAGGGGUUCUAGCAAAAGAACCAAGGAGUGAAGAUGUGUGGCUAAAAAUUUCUUGCAGUUUCCAUUCAUACAUUGCUAGUGACGAGAAAGGAUGUCUUGAAACAAUAGCAUUAAGUUACCACCAUCUACCUCCUCACUUGAGAGACUGCUUUCUCUAUCUUGGAGGGUUUCCAGAAGACUACCCGAUCUCCUCACCAAGGUUGCUUUGGUUAUGGAUGGCUGAGGGAUUUAUACAAGAAGAUGGAAGUCAAAGCUUGAAGGAAAUUGCAAACAGUUACCUGAUGGAUCUAGUUGACAGAAAUCUUUUAAUCAUAAGCAAAUGGUAUGCUUGGGGUGAUGUCAGACGUUGUAAAGUCCAUGAUCUUGUGAGGCAGGUAUGUGUAGAAAAAGGAAAAGAAGAAAAUUUCUUCCUGAAAAUAGACUCCCCACCAUCUAAUAAUCUUUGUGAGGUAAUUACCACAUAUAAGAAACGCCGUGUGGUUACAAAUCAAGAAAUGCACAUUAUGAGUCCGUCUCUUCCGACCACCCCAAGUGUUCAAUCACUAUUGUGCUUUACUAGGAAAACAACCUUAACCGACAUUAUCUCAAAGUUUUUCCCCUCCUUUUCACUACUUAGGGUGUUAAGUCUAGAAAAAUGUAGAUUGCUUUAUUUCCCCCCUGGUUUAGCAUUACUAGUUCACUUAAGGUACCUCUACAUUUGGCUGUCAUCAUUUCCACCAUCAAUAUGCACUUUAUGGAACCUUCAAACCCUCAUUGUUAAAACAAGUUCUAGUCCUAUGGUUUUACCUAGCAACAUAUCAAAUUUGGUGAAUCUGAGGCAUCUAAGAUGUAAUGCAGAUCUUUAUCUUCCUUCAGUUGGAAAACCAUUGAACUUGGAAUUUAUUACAAAGGUGGAGUUGGGAGAUGGGGUAGAUAAUUUUAAGAAAUGUUUUCCCAGGAUCAAGGAACUUACAUCUACUCUUUACUCCGACAAGGAAAAAGACUUUGAAGUACUCCAUUACCUUCAAAUCUUGACGUUAAUGGGAUCAGUUGAGCGAGAAUUUCGCAGAGGUGCACCAAACUUGGGAAAGAAUCACAUUAGAAUUGGGUUCCCUGAAACACUGAAAGUACUUACACUUGUAAGGUGUGGUCUACCGUGGAGCGACAUGUCAAUCAUUCAAUCAUUACCUAAUCUUGAGGCUCUCAUACUAGAAGACAAUGGGUUUGAGGGAACCCUGUGGGAAACAGGUGAGGAUCAGUUUCAACGGUUAAAAGUCUUGAGACUUAAGAAGUUAAAUAUCAAACAAUGGAAAGCCUCAAGCAUCAACUUUCCAUGUCUUGAACGAUUACGGGUGGUGAAUUGUGUUCAUCUUGAAGAGAUACCCCUUGAAUUAGGGGACAUCUCAACGCUCGAGUCUAUAUACAUUUUGAAUUGUGAUGCUUCUCUUCUCGUAUCCCUUCAAAGGAUACGAAAUGAGCAAGAUGAUGUGGGAAACUAUGAACUGAAGAUCAAAGUUGAUGGAAGGAAAAUGCCCUCUUGUGUAUCCAAGCAUGACGAUUAAUACAUUUUACUUAAUUGUGGAAUUGCUAUUGAUACCAUGAAUGUUUAGUACAUUAUUAGUUGGUCUAUUUACUACCUAGUACGGUGUCUGUUGGUAUUCUUUACCCAAAAUUUCAAUUUGUUUUUUUCUCUUACCUAGUUGAAUCUUUUGUUUAGUCAAAGUUGUCUUAGCUGGGUUAGGCGUGAAAGAAUAAUGCAACCUGGCAGUAUUAGUCUUGUAUGAGGGAAAAGAUUUGCUCCAACCGAAUGAAUUAAACAUCCUUCCAGAGCA